UUUUUUUUUCCAGCAAAGUCCAAGAAGUACCAUGAGUACGAUGAAUGAAGGAGAUAGCAUAUCUUCAGCCAGGAAACAGAAGAGACCUAAGCAGAAUAGUGAGUCUGAUACAUCAGAUGCCGGGGAACUUGAUUUACCAGUAAUCAAGAAAUUAAAGUCAAGGAAAGGACGGCCAACACCGAGGCCUGUGGAUGGCAGUGAUAGUGACCUGGAUCCACCAGCAAAAACAUCAACACCCAUAUCAAACAAGAAACAAAAAGUUCCUCCUAGUGAGGGGACAUCGGUAUCCACGUCCAUGUUGGCGAGGUGGAUUCGCAGUGCCAUGACAGCUAGAGGCAGGAGUGAAUGAGGGAUUCAAGCCACAUUCGGUGAGAGGAGCAGCGUCAUCUGCUGCCUUUUCGGCUGGAACUUCACUGAAGGCGAUUUUGGAAACCACAUCAUGGAGAUUGGCUCAAACAUUCCGGAAGUUUUACCUACAGGAUGUGGAACCUACAGCAGAUACUUCGUUCGCUGAGGGUGUGUUGCAGCAAACAGGAACCCUAUGAACUUUGGGGGUGCAACAGUGGCCGUGUAGAAGUG